AUGCCUGCUCCGGCGAUCGGCAUUGAUCUUGGCACAACUUACUCGUGCGUGGGUGUGUUCAAAAAUGAUCAGGUUGAAAUUGUCGCCAACGAUCAGGGUAACCGCACAACACCUUCUUAUGUGUCCUUCAGUGAAACUGAGCGACUGGUUGGCGAUGCCGCAAAGAAUCAAGUGGCCAUGAACCCAACAAAUACGGUGUUUGAUGCCAAGCGAAUAAUUGGCCGAAAAUAUGAUGACCCAGACCUGCAAGCUGACAUGAAACAUUGGCCCUUUAAGGUAACUGUGAAGGAAGGGAAACCGGUUGUGGAGGUAGAGUACCAAGGUGAGAGGAGAACCUUUUUCCCCGAAGAGAUAAGUGCGAUGGUCUUGCAGAAAAUGAAGGAAAUCGCGGAAUCCUACCUUGGCGAGAAGGUAUCAAAGGCCGUCGUGACUGUGCCUGCGUAUUUCAACGACUCGCAACGUCAAGCAACAAAAGACGCGGGAUCAAUUGCUGGUCUUGAGGUGUUGCGCAUCGUUAACGAACCAACAGCCGCAGCCAUUGCGUAUGGCAUGGACAGAAGUUCUGAAGGAGCAAUGAAGACGGUGCUCAUCUUUGAUCUUGGAGGUGGUACUUUUGAUGUGACGUUGCUAAACAUUGACGGUGGCUUAUUUGAAGUGAGGGCAACUGCUGGUGACACACAUCUUGGUGGGGAAGACUUUGACAGCCGCCUUGUGGAUUACUUCGCGACUGAGUUCAGAACCCGCACCGGUAAGGAUUUGCGUGGAAACGCACGUGCGAUGAGGCGUUUGCGUACGGCAUGCGAACGGGUGAAGCGAACACUUUCCAGUUCAGCAAGCACCAACAUUGAGAUUGAUGCACUGUAUGAAGGGUUUGACUUUUUCUCCAAAAUAACGCGAGCUCGGUUCGAGGAGAUGUGCCGUGACCAAUUCGAGCGCUGCCUAGAGCCAGUGAGGAAGGUCCUGAAAGAUGCCGAGGUUGAUGCAUCGGCAGUGGACGAUGUGGUUCUUGUCGGUGGAUCAACUCGCAUUCCCCGCGUGCAACAGUUGGUGCAGAACUUUUUCAACGGCAAGGAGCCGAACCGUUCAAUCAACCCUGAUGAGGCGGUUGCUUAUGGAGCCGCGGUACAAGCUCAUAUCGUAUCUGGUGGCAAAAGUAAGCAAACGAAAGACCUUCUCCUAGUCGAUGUGACUCCGCUUUCACUGGGUGUUGAAACUGCCGGUGGUGUAAUGUCUGUGCUCAUUCCGCGCAACACCAGCGUGCCCGCACAAAAAUCGCAAACAUUUUCCACCAACGCUGACAACCAACGCAGUGUUGAAAUCAAAGUUUACGAGGGUGAGCGCCCCUUGGUGUCGCAAUGCCAAUGCUUAGGAACAUUUACGCUCACUGACAUCCCCCCUGCGCCCCGCGGCAAGCCGCGGAUUACCGUGAGCUUCGACGUGAACGUUGACGGCAUUCUUGUUGUUACCGCUGUGGAAGAGACGGCUGGUAAAACACAAGCCAUCACCAUAUCGAAUGACAAGGGUCGGCUCUCACGCGAACAGAUUGACAAAAUGGUUGCGGAGGCUGAAAAAUUCGCGGAAGAGGACCGAGCAAACGCAGAAAAGAUUGAAGCACGCAAUUCCGUUGAGAACUACACAUUUUCGCUUCGCUCUACGCUAAGCGACCCCGACGUCCAGCAGAACAUUAGUCAAGAAGACCAGCAGAAGAUCCAAACCGUUGUGAAUGCUGUGGUAAAUUGGCUUGAUGAGAAUCGUGAUGCAACAAAGGAGGAAUAUGACGCCAAGAAUAAAGAAAUUGAGCAGGUGGCGCACCCCAUUCUCUCCGCAUAUUACGUAAAGCGGGCAAUGGAACAGGCACCUCCGGCACCUCCUUCAGGAGAGGGCGAAGGAAACGCUCCAGUCCCCGAUGAUGUUGACUAA